AUGCGUGAAGUUUUUCAAGCGAAGGGCAAAGAAAUCAAAAAGAUUUCAUUAAAGGAAUACAUCGAUAUUCCUAAGAACCAUUUUGACAAACCCAAUGUUGAUCAAAUCAUUAAAGACCUUGAAAGUCAGAAAUCUCUGACCGAAGAACAGCAACGAGAAUUGGACUUUGUGAAGUACUCAAAGGCCCAAUUGCCAAAUGCUCACAGAUUUUAUUGGUUGUUCCCAUUCUUCGGAUACGAUAAAAUUGAUGAAUUUCAUCACUAUACAUUUCCAUUUGUGAAACAGAUGAUUCUUUCCAAGGAACGUAGCACAAUGGUACAUCAUUUGGGAAGAUCGUGGUUCAAAUUUACAGAAUAUGCUGGUGUUGUCUCAUGGUUUGGGUACGGUAAUUUGAUUGGUUGGUAUCGUCACUCUCGUAACCUACCAUGGGAUCCUGACAUUGAUGUAGUUCUGUCCAUCAAAGAUCUUACCAAAAUGUCAAAGAAGUUCAAUGCAUCGUUAGUUGUUGAGAACCCAGAGAAUGGUCACAACUUGUUCUAUUUCCAAACAACACCAUAUUUCUAUCAGCAUAGGGACAACCAGAUGAUUGAUGCUCGCUAUAUUGACGUAAGGACGGGCAUAUAUAUUGAUAUAUCCUGUCUUUGGAAUGACAAUGAUAGAGAUAUCCCUGAUAGAUUCAAGAAUGAGGCGCCUGAGACUAUUUAUCAUUGUAAAAAUUACAAUUGGUUUUCCCACAGAGAGUUAUUCCCACUAAGACGCACAUUGUACGAAGGAGCACAGGCUUACGCACCGAAUGACUAUAAAGCCAUCCUUUUGGCGAAAUAUGGUGAAAAGUCAAUGACAGCCACAAACAACUUUGGUCAUAAUUGGCAACCCGAUAUUGGAGUUUGGGUCCCAAAUGAGAUUUGUGAUGAAAAAACGGUCCCUGCAAAAGAGAAAAGAUUUGAUAAAAAUGGGGAGUUGACUCUUACGGGUGCCUGUAAUGAUACCAACAUAUUGGAAGAAUGGUCCAGAUUCAGAGACCUGUACACAAUUCAUAAUAAGGAACAGAAGCUUUUAGAGAAAGGCAAAGAUGCCUCUGAAUUAUCGAAAGAAGAUUUGCCUGUCGCUCGUUAUUUCGAUCGAACAAAAUAUAUGUAA